AUGCCGUCUCUCGCCUCCCUCCUCGCCCUGCCCCUCCUUGCUGCCCUCCCCGCUAUCGUCACUGCCGCCGACACUUGUAAUGGCCACUCGGAGCUGUGUUCCCAGCUCUACAGCAACGUCACCUUCAUUGGUGCCCACGACUCAUAUGCUGUUGGGAGCAGUGUCGCCUCGAACCAGGACAAGGACGUGACCAGCCAGCUGAACGACGGGAUCAGGACCCUCCAAGUCCAAGCCCACAAUGCCACUGACGGUAUUCACCUCUGUCACUCUUCAUGCUCUCUGCUGGACGGAGGGCUCUUGUCCGACUACCUGUCUUCUGUGGCCUCAUGGGUGACUGACAACCCCAACGAUGUCAUCACCAUCGUCAUUGUAAACUCUGACAACCUCGCUCCCUCGGCCUUUGAGUCUGCUUACUCUACUGCGGGACUGACCGACAAGGCCUAUACACCCGACUCGCAGCCCUCUUCCCUGAGCGACUGGCCCAGCCUGAGCGAUAUCAUCGACUCUGGCAAGACUGUCGUGACAUUCAUGGACUACGAGGCCGACGUAUCGAGCGUGGGGUACAUCUUGGACGAAUUCACAGCGAUGUGGGAGGAUGCCUAUGACGUUACCGACGCGUCUUUCGGCUGUUCUGUCAACCGAACAUCCGGCGACUCCAACUCCCAACUCUACAUGAUCAACCACUUCCUCGACUCUACCUACUCUUUCGCCGGUACCCAGUUCUACGUCCCCGACAAGACCUCGCUCAACACUACCAACUCGGAGACUGGCGACGGCUCCAUCGGCUACCACGUCGACAACUGUAAUCAGAUCUGGGGCAGGAAACCCAACCACAUCCUGCUCGACUUUUACGACUCUAACGAAAACGCCCCCUUCAAUGUGGCGGCUAGCUUGAAUGGCGUCAGUGCGCCCACAAGCACAGUGACGGCCGGGUCUGUGGCUGCCAGUGCUGCGACUGCUUCCAGCACGAGCUCUGAUGCCGUAGUCUCUAGCAAGAGCAUUAGCGGGGCCGAGAUGAAGAUGGGGCAUGGUGCCCUGAGUGGGCUUGUGGCUGUGGCAGGGUUGGUGUUGGGCAUGGGCAUGGUUUUGAUCUAG